AAGUGUCAUUGAUAACAAUCCGCACCCACCUCCCAUAACAGAGACCACAUUCAUCAUCUCCUCCCUCCUCUUUCCCCAUCUUUUCCCCCACAGAAAACCAUGUUUGAUCCAAAAACUGAACUUGCAGGCAACCAUGUCCAUAGCUUCAAUCCCACUGAACAUCCAAAUGACAGUUAUGACAGUUGGGGGACCAUGAAUUUCGAUCCCACGGCUCAAAAAACUCCCCAAAACUAUGAGAAUCAUGGGAAUUGGAAUGGUGAGGGUGUCCAAUUUAGACCCGAAAAUAUGGAAGAUGAGACCGGUGUUUGUUCACCACCUUUGUGGAGGACAAGUCAGCCCACAAGUCCGGUACACACGUGUCAUCCCCAGAAAAAUUACCGGUACCUAUCUCCGAAUUCAAGAGCUCAAGCAAUAGCCAGAGGCCAGUGGGAGCUCACGGAGAUGAUGAACAACAUGCCUGAGUCUUGUUAUGAUCUAUCUUUGAAAGAUAUUGUUGAGCACCCCACUAGAUUGGAACCUCAAGCAGAAGAAUGUUUGGUUGGUGAGAAAAAAUUUGGAAGGGUGAAGGAAAUUAAGAGGCAAGAAAGUAAGAAGAGUGAGAAAAAAGAGAAAAUGAUGAGAAGCAGAAGCACUGACAAUGGAGGGUUACUAAUCAAAGUGGUGUUUCCAAUUUCAUUUGGAUCAAAGAAGAAGAAGAAGAACUCUGAUUCGCCAAAACCUGAGGCUUCGGAUAAGUCUUUUAAGGCUGUUGGUAAGGAAUGGUGGAAGAAAAGAUUUACUGUUUCGAGGGAGAGCGAAUGCGGUGGCAGAAGCAGAAAUAGUGGAAGCCCUGAAAGCAGUGGCAGCAAUAGAAGCAGGAAGAGUGAGUCCUUACUUGGUUGCUGGUCCAUCUUUCUCUCCAAGAAAAACAAUAAAGUGUAAACUGAAACCACAUCACAAAACAAAGUUGAAAUGUAGCAUAUAUUCCUUAAAAUUUUUUAAGUGAGAUAGCAAUUUUUUUUCUUUUUCAUUUUGGACUUUUCUUAAAUCAUUUUAAGCUUUGUUUGGAAAUAAAUGAGUCAUGAGUGUUCUUCA